AUGGCUGCAUACUCUGGCAAGAAUCUCUGGACGCCGGAGACUCCCUCUGCUCAAGGAGUUUGGUCCAUCAGAGAUGAUUUACAAGUCCCAUCUUCGCCGUCUUUCCUUGUGUACGCUCAAGGAAAAGGACCACCUCCUAUGGUGCAAGAGCUUUUCCAGAGUAUCAUAAGCCAGCUCUUCCAAUAUGUAAGAUUCUCUUUGCUGAGUUACCUCCACUCCAAGGCGGUUGUACAUCGGGACGUGAAGACAGAGAACAUGUUGUUGGAAACUAACAAGACGCUCAAGAUUUCUGAUUUCGGAGUAGCUACAGUCGAGGCUCAGAACCCUCAAGACAUGACUGGUGAAACUGGAACUCUUGGAUACAUGUCACCCGAGAAAUCCGGAGCAUUGACAACGGCUGAGGGAACCAAGAGCUUGAACUCAAGUUUCAUCUAA